GGCGCCCACGCCGCGCUGGGCGCGCCGCCACCUGCUGCUGGCGCACGCCGCGCUCUACGCCUACCGCGCGCCCGACUGCAAUAAGGCGGACUGCAUGAUCCACCUGGAGGGCUUCACGGUGUGCGCGGCGGGCGAGGUGAAGUCGCGCGAGCACGCCUUCAAGGUGUACCACACCGGCACCGCCUUCUACUUCGCCUGCGACAGCCGCGACAGCAUGCUGGCCUGGAUCCACCUCAUCCACCGCGCCACGCUCAACUCCGGCCCGCCGCAGAGCGACAUAUCGAAGCAGUUCUCCGAGACGGACUACUCGGACACGGAGUCGGACACGGACGGGCCGGAGCGGCGCGAGCGCGAGCGGCGCGAGGACAAGGACAAGUCCAAGUUCGGCUCGCUGCGCAAGCUGGCCGGCCGCCGCAGCGACUCGCACGAGAGCGUCGGCCACGCCUCCACCAGCCUGGACAGGAAGUACCUGCGCUUCUUCUCGCGCAACAAGAGCAAGGACGACAGUAAGAACGGCAAGAGCAAGCAUUCCGGUGUGCCCGUCCCGACCGAGCACUACCGCAGCUACCGGCGCGUGGAGGCGGCGGGGCGCUCGCUGGCCGCCGGGGCCCCGCCUGCUGUGGGGCCCGCCGCCGGGGCCCCGCCCGCCGCAGGGGCCCCGGCCGCCGCCAAGAUCCCCAAGCCCAUCAACUACAUCCACGCGUCCAACCCGAACCUCCUGGACUUCGAGAAGAGCGACUUCGUCACGAAGCCGACGCUGCGGGUCCCGCGGCCGCGCGCCAAGCCCGAGCCGAGCCCGAUGGGGCUGGUCACGCUCGAGGAGUUCAUGCUGAACAAGCAGGCCGAGGAGCGGAAGCAGGUGUACACGAACCGCGUGCUGCUGGGCGUGGAGCGCGACCGGCCGGCCGACCUGCAGCUGCGGCUGGACCGCAUCGUGCCCGACGUCAUCUACGGCGAGCUGCGCGCCUGCGCGCACAUGCAGACGUGUUGCGAACUUAUUGGUUACUUUGGGUGUCACGAACUACUUGACGCUGACUUUACCACAUAUCUACUGCGUGUGGGCAAUACAAUAUCAAUAGCGUCUCCCUGA